AUGAUCUACGCGUUAUCAGACAACACGUACCGGGCCAUGAGGACGGAGCGGAGGGACCAGUGUAUUCUCAUUUCAGGGGAGAGUGGAGCAGGUAAGACUGAGGCCUCCAAAAAGAUCCUGCUCUACUACGCCGUCACCUGCCCCACCAACGAGAACAUGGCCGCCCUGGGUGACCGCCUCCUGCAGUCCAACCCCGUUCUGGAGGCGUUUGGUAACGCUAAAACACUGAGGAAUGACAACUCCAGUCGCUUCGGAAAGUACAUGGAUGUCCAGUUUGACUUCAGGGGGGCCCCGGUGGGGGGUCACAUCCUGAACUACCUGCUGGAGAAAUCCCGCGUUGUUCACCAGAACCACGGCGAAAGAAAUUUCCACAUCUUCUACCAGCUUCUGGACGGAGGGGACGACGACCUGCUCAAAGCGCUGGACCUGGAGAGAAACCCACAGAAGUACAGCUACCUGGUCAAGGGAAAUUGUCCCAGAGUCAGCUCCAUUAGCGACAAGAAUAACUGGAAAGUGGUGACAAAGGCCCUCCCAAAACUGCUGAACAUCAUUGCGAGCGUUCUCCAUCUGGGAAACACUCUCUUUGGGGAAGGGGAGGAAGGAGAAGCGUACGUCACCACGGAGACCCAGCUAACAGACCUGGCAAAGCUGCUGGGCGUUGAUGUCUCAGCCCUGAAGGAGGCACUCACACACAAGAAACUAACCGCCAAAGGAGAGGAGAUGAUCAGCCCGCUGAAUUUCGAGCAGGCAGUGUCUGCCCGUGACGCUUUGGCCAAGGCGGAUGAAAUCUACCACAGCAACAAAGGCUCCUCGGUCAUCGGGCUUCUGGACAUCUACGGCUUUGAGUGGGAGACGGUGAAAUAUUUCGACAACAAGAUCAUAUGCGACCUCAUAGAGGAGAAACACAGAGGCAUGAUCUCCAUUCUGGACGAGGAAUGCCUGAGACCCGGCGAGGCCUGUGACGUCUCCUUUUUGGAGAAACUGGAGGACACCAUUGGCGGCCAUCCUCAUUUCAUCACGCACAAGCUGGCAAAUGGAAAAACUCGCAGGGUCGUGAGCAGGGAAGAGUUCAGGCUGCUGCAUUAUGCAGGGGAGGUUAACUAUAACGUCACUGGUUUCCUCGACAAGAACAAUGAUUCACUCAACCGGAACCUGAAAGAGGUCAUGUGCCAGUCAGACAACCAGAUCCUAAGUCACUGCUUCCGCAGAGAGGAAGUGAUCGACCAGAAGCGUCCAGAGAUGGCCGCCACUCAGUUUAAAAACAGUUUGAUGAAACUGAUGGAGAUCCUAAUGUCCAAAGAACCGUCCUACGUGCGCUGUAUCAAACCCAAUGAUGCCAAGCAGCCAGCACGAUUCGAUGAGGUUCUGGUCAGACACCAGGUGAAGUAUUUGGGUCUAAUGGAAAACCUGAGAGUCAGGAGAGCUGGUUUUGCCUAUCGUCGUCGCUUUGAGGCCUUCUUACAGAGGUAUAAACCCCUGUGUCCUGAAACGUGGCCCAACUGGCAUGGGAGACUGGUAGAUGGUGUUUCCACACUGGUCACCCACCUAGGGUACAAAGAAGAGGAAUACAAACUCGGAAGGUCAAAGAUUUUCAUCCGUUUCCCAAAAACUCUCUUCAACACAGAAGAUGCACUUGAGGCCAAAAAGCCAGAGAUUGCUGUGAUCCUCCAGACGUCAUGGAGAGGCUACAGAGAAAGGGCCAAGUAUCAACGCAUCAGAAACGCAGUCGGCCCAUGGCAGAGUAUCUCAUAA